GACAGUUGGGUGGAGCGUCUCUUCGUGGAGUCCGAUGGACCUGCCUGCGACUACUUAUGGCCAGCAGAGUUUGCUGCCCUCGGCUUUCGCUUCGAGCAAGCGCUGGGCGGCUUUCAGGGUCGCUUCCGCUGGGACUUCGUCGUCGCGGACGAGAAUCUCGAAGGAAGGAUCGGCCUGCGCCAGUGGAGGAGCUAUGCUGGCAAGCUCACAGAAGCUUUCGGCGAGACGCGCUGUCGUGUGGCUGCAGAACGAGUUUUAGGAAGCCGCAAGGCCGAGAACAGGAAGAAAGUCAAGAACAUCAACAUUUUUGACGGUUUCGAUGCAGAUGCAUCUUUGCGCUUGCUGGACGUGUGCUCUAAGGGCAACAAAGACAGCAACUUGCUAAUUAAUGUUCAGAGUGCGUUGACUGCGAAAGCAGAUCCCAACGCCGGGCUGGCGAGCCCCAGCUUCAACGAUUAUACGCCGCUGAUCUUCCUCUCCAUGUCGGCUCCCGGGUCGAACAUGUCACAGAUCGCGACGGCGAUGGAUGUUUUGAUCAUGGCCGGGGCAGAUGUACACCGCGAAUGCGGACAGAUGCCUACCGGCCGGCUUGUUCCCCUGCGGUUCGCCGCAAGGUUGCAAAACCACGACUGUCUCGAGGCGCUGCAUAGACAUGUGGACCUCGGUGACAUGUUUCAUUGGGCAGCAGGUGAGAAUGCUGCAGAUUUGAUGCUCACGCAGCUGGGUCGACUCUACGGCCCCGAGGUGCAACGCAAGAUCAACGAGCUCUCGCCCUUCAGCUCCAACGCGAGUAUCGCGAUGAGACUCUUUGCAUCGCCCAUGGUGGGCGGCUCUUUGACACCCGAGGGUGCCCGGAACCUUUGCGCAGGAAAGUACGACGACGGCUUCAUCCGCGUCGGGGAGCGGGCCGACCCCAACUCGCCGGGUUUGGAAGGGCGCACAGCCCUGGUACAGAUGGUCAUCGAAGGCCGCGUGGACGUGACCAAGAGCCUGCUGGCCGGGCGUGCAAGCCCACACCAACGUGACUCCUCUGGUGCAACGCCGUUGCAUCAUGCGGCCUGUCAGUUGCAGCCGCAGACGGCGCGGGCGCUUAUCCAAGCGGGCGCAGAGCUUCAUGCGCUGGACCACGCAGGAUUUAGCCCAUGGAUGCUGGUCGGCGAGAGUGCAGGUAGGGAAAAACCUAGUGAGGUGCCUCCGGCGCAGAAGCCUCCGGCAUCGCCAAAGGCAAAGACGGCAGUUGAUCCGCUGCACGAGCUCAUGGAGAUGCUCCGGCCGAGGUGGACGGCAGACGAGUUGAUCGAGCUGGCAGAGGAGGAUCCUAUGCAGCUUGUGCAGCUCCUGGAGUCCGCGAACAGCAUGGAGGCCCUCCAGCGCGUGCUUCGCCUUCAUGAGAGCCUCUUCUUCAAUCCUCGGAUGGUGCUCACAGCCGCCAAGGAGGGUCGGAUGGUGCGGAAUCAUCUGCUCCAACGGUUGGCAAAGGUCCUUAUACAGAUGAUCACGACGGAUCCCCUCGAAGGAGAUAUGAAGAUCCUGGCGAAGUAUCUGUUGAAUGCCACCAAGGGGCCGGAUAGCCGCUGCUACUGCGCACAUGUUGCCGAAGAUUGGCCGGACGAGGACAACCGCGAAGCCUAUCGCAGCGAGCUCAUGGAUGCCGUGAAAAGGCAGCUCGAUCUGUUCGGGGCCGAGUGCGGCACGCUGCGGCAGCAGAUAACAGCAGCUGUGACGAAGGCGGAGGGAGAGGCUGCAGAUGAAAACAGUCUUGCCUGUGCUGCGCUGCUCAGGUUGGACAACGACUCCGUGAUCAUCCCGGAGGAGUGGCGCGAAGAUCCCUACUGGCAGGCAGUCCACGAGCGCCAGGUUCUUCGAUUCGAUCCAUCCUGGGCACUGGAGAUCACCGAUGGUGCAAGCUGCUGCAUGCAGCUGCUUCGGCUGGGCGUUCCAGCCAACCAGGAGCUGGCUCGAAGCCUGAAAUCUUCUUCGGGUAGUUGUGCCGUGACGAGCCUGGCAGCGUACUCUGAGCUGCGCCAGGUGCUGCACGCCAAGAUGCAGGAGCUUUAUGCUCGGGGCUAUGUGACCUACUCCAACCUUUGCAAUAAGGGCUUCCAACAGAAGAUGAAGGAGGUCGCCCAGCGUGCAGUUACGAAUGCUGGAGUCGAUGUCGGCUUCCCGGAGCAGCUUAUCAUGCCAAAGCGCCUGCAGCGGCUGCUCGAGAAGACGCGCGACGCGUUGGUCGAGCGAGCGGGAUGGCAGUGGCCCAACAGGAAUGAGCUCUACCUCCGCCAUGCGGCCUGUUUCUAUAUCCUGGACACAGUGCGGCUUUCCUUUAGUUGUCGCGGUGAGACGCCGGCUGAACAGGUAAAAUGCUGCAUGAAAGUCCUCGAAGAGUUCGAGAAGUGCACCGUAGAGGCUGAGGGUGUGCGGCUCCUUCGCCGGAAGAGCGGCUUUGCAUCCGGGGUGCGCGGAGAAGGAGGCUACGCCGACGUCAAGCUGCUAUGCUACGCCGACCUCGGAGUCCACAAGGCAUUCGAUGGCACGGAGAUACCCCUUCGAAUCAUUGGCGAGGUGCAGCUGAUCCUUCAAAGCUACGAGCGGGUAAAGCACCGAAUGCAUCUCGCAUACGAGGUGAACCGCGGCAGCUUCGAUCGCAAGGGCUGA